UCACUUAUCGACCACAUUGUUCAGGUGCCGGCACAAAUAAAUGGUGUAAGGAAAUCGCGGUCUACAAAACGGCGUAAGCCAGUGAACGGUGUUGUGGGAAAAGAGACUGAUGACUGGGCGCAGCUUUCAUCUCAGAUACUCUGGCAGCGAAUAAAGUCUGAGGCUGAUGCAUAUUAUGCAUUUUCGCUCGACGGUGAGAAUAUCGACGACUGCUUCUUGUCUAUGGGAAUACAAAAGACCUCUGUAUUGCGUCGUUUUGCACAAAUUGUUGGAAUUCAGGUGCUUUUGCGGGACUAUAAUUUAGAAACUGGCAAGAAACCGCAGCCAUUUGUCGAAGAUGAUAUUGUAAAUCUUUAUUGCGUGGUUAAACAUGUUAAUCCUAAAGCGCUCGAUGCCCAGAGUUUGUUUGCUUCUGGACAAGUCAAAGUACAGCAGGGUCACUUACGUUCUGCAUUUGAUUUGGUACUCGAAUCUCUGAAUAUCAUGAAUAAUGUCUACGGAGCUAUGCAUGGUGAUAUGGCGGAGUGUAUGCGCUUGCUGGCGCGUCUUUCCUAUAUUCUUGGCGAUCCAUCUGAAGCACUGUCGCAGCAGCACAAAGCAACGCUGAUGAGCGAGCGCUGUAUUGGUUUGGAUGGUGCAAAUACUGUUGCCGAAUAU